GCGGCCCAUGGCUGCACUCGGCGAGGCGGCGGCGCGGUGGGCACCCGGACUGUGGCGGCGGGCGACGCGCGCGGCCGCGGGGUUCGGGGGCCGCCGUUUCGCGAGCGGCUCGCAGAGCCCUCCCACCUUCGGGUUCCUGUUGGACAUCGAUGGGGUGCUGGUUCGGGGCCACCAGGUCAUCCCUGCCGCGAGGGAGGCCUUCCGCAGGCUCGUGGACCCCCAGGGGCAGCUGCGGGUGCCCGUGGUCUUUGUCACGAACGCGGGGAACAUCUUACAGUGCAGCAAAGCCCAGGAGCUGUCAGCCCUGCUGGGCUUGCAGGUGGAGCCCGACCAGGUGAUACUGUCCCACAGCCCCAUGAAGCUCUUCUCGCAGUAUCACGACAAGCGGAUGCUGGUGUCUGGGCAGGGGCCCCUGGUAGAAAAUGCCCGAGCACUGGGCUUCAAGCACGUGGUCACAGUGGACGAGCUGCGGGCGGCCUUCCCUGUGCUGGACAUGGUGGAUCUGCAGCGGCGGCCCAAGACCACGCCCCUCCCAAGGAACGACUUCCCUGCGAUCGAAGGGGUGCUCCUCCUUGGGGAGCCCGUGCGCUGGGAGACAAGCCUGCAGCUGAUCAUGGACAUCCUCCUCAGCGACGGGAACCCCGGCACCGGUCUGGCGACGGCCCCCUAUCCCCACCUCCCUGUCCUGGCCAGCAACACGGACCUCCUCUGGAUGGCCGAAGCCAAGAUGCCCAGGUUCGGCCACGGCACCUUCCUGCUGUGCCUGGAGGCCGUUUACCGGAAGGUGACGGGCAGAGAGCUGUGUUACGCGGGCCUGAUGGGCAAGCCCAGCCUCCUCACCUACCAGUACGCGGAGGGCCUGCUCGCGAGGCAGGCGGCGCGGCGGGGCUGGGCGGCCCCGAUCCGGAGUCUCUACGCCGUGGGUGACAACCCCAUGUCCGACAUCUAUGGGGCCAACCUGUUCCACCAGCACUUGCAGACGAGGUGGGAGGGGGCGGCCCGGAGCUGCACCUCCAUCCUGGUGUGCACCGGCGUGUACAGGCCCCAGGCCCCAGGCCCCGUCGCUCCGGUCCCGGGUGGCGAGGGGCCUCCGUUCCACGGGCACCGGGACCUUGGCUUCAGCCCGGGGCUCCUGCAGGCAGCCCACGUGGUGAGCGACGUGCACGAGGCCGUGCGGCUGGUCCUGGGCAAGGAGGGCUGGGCUCUGUAGCAGGGAGGGAGGUGGGCCCGCUGGCCGCCCCCUGCCCCCCCCUCCCCGCCAGCGUGGUGACACUCCCGCUCCUCCUGGGCGGGGCCGCACGAUUGUUCCCGGGGUAGCAUUUGAGUAGCAGCCUCAGAUUUUUCUAGGCUGGUUCCUGUCUGCCUGUGCUGGCAGCCUGACCCCCAGGCUCGUCCUCACUCUGGGGGGUCUUCUGCAGAAGAGGAGGCGGUGCCCGCCUCUGCCUGCUGCCAGCACGGGCUGUAACUCACUCUCAGACACUACUUUUUAUGGUGGUUUAGCUUAUUGCCCAGAGACUU